ACAUCAUAUCAUCGAUUAUCGACGGACUGUGUCUGCCUAGCUAAUGACAAUUCUCACUUGCGAGAGGGGGACUUCAGGCUCCUCACCUGCAGCGAUCCAUGAAUGUGUCACUCCACACGGCAGUACGCGGUGGCUUUCACAGCCUCUUAAAGUCCUCACUGUCAAAUGCUCGGACUUGGAAGCUUUCUAUGGUCCGCAUGUAACGUUCGUCACGGCAGGCUGAAAAGUAUGGCGGGCCCGGACUUGGCACGAGCUCAAGUCGGGCAGCAGAUUGAGGCUCAAUCGCGAUCCUGCAUGGGAUGCAUAUGUACCUGGAGACGGAUGCAGCCCUGCAGCCCUCUUUGCGCUCGCGGCGAUCCUCUGGAACCGUGCAGCUGGAGCACCGAACAUGUAGGGGCUGAGACGUUCCGGCUGAUAGCUGGGAAGAGCCAGCCAAGACUGUCACUCAAUCAGUCGCAGGGCAUUCUUUCUCUAUCGUCCUCUGUGGGCGGCGCCAGAUAGUGAUGAUGCAUUGAUCGGGUCCCAGAGGCUCGGCUGUGGCAGGGAUUCAGCUCCCGCUUGGCUUCGCGUUCGUGUGACCUGGCGUAUUCGUGUGUCAAAGUCGAUAUACUCUGCCACCUCCAAGACCUGCUGGGAAGCACUGCUCCGGUGUCAAGCGCCCAGAGCUAAAUGAGACCCUAACAUUCGAUGGCGGAGAAUUGCAGAUCAGAUGUUGGG